GUUACGUCACAAUUGACAAUACCCCAAAAUGCAACAAAUUUGACUAGAUUAUAUUUUAUAAAUAAUUAAUUAUGCAAAAAUAUUAGAACAGUUAUUGAGAAAUUAUCAGAAGUUAUGUACAGUUGAUCGAGAAAUAGAUACACAUAAACUUACAUUAUGGACCACUACCUCACCACUUAUAGGAAGGACUACCUAUGGCCAAAUCUUCCAGGGUCAGGCGCCGUAGAAGCUGGUGGUGGAGAACUGGCUGAGUUUCCAAAGUUAUCAGGGCAGGAGUUGGCCUUCUAUCAAGCAUGCAUGCAGCACACACGCCCUCCAGAUUGCAGAUGUCCACAGUACUCCGGCGGAGAGAUGCCCCAACUACCCCCCGGGAAAGAGGGGGGAUGGAGCAGAAACGAGAUAAUGGGACCCUUGCUGGACCCCAAAUUGUACCCUGUUCGUGUGGCAGCUAGUCCAGAGACCGCGACAUCAAGAUACGACCAGCCUAAUGCAUUCUUGGACAAGCUCCAAUCCAAGUAUCCAAUGCUGUACAGCAUCCUCCAGAACGAAGCGUCGCCGGAAUUGAAACAGAGGAUUGACAGAGAUCGCAAUAAGACUAUUUACCAAGUAGAUUAUUGCGAGAGUGGUCCUGGAGCAAAAUUCGAGAGUCUUCAAAGGGCAGCUGACGAGAGUGGAACUGGUCCCUGUGCGCAGCCGAUGCGGCUACCUGGUGACCCUUGCAGAGUUGGCCCGAAACCACGGAAAGCAGCGCCGAGGACGAUGUCGAAACAGGCUGGCGCUGUUGGAGCCAGUGACCAGAGGGCGAAAUGCGAAACCACAUCAGCAGUGCCACCUCUCGGCAAAACAGAAUACCAGGACGGCGUAUCGAAGCUAGGAGCUAUCAUAAUGCGCGACAAAUUGCACAGAAAGUAGACCAAAUAGUAGGUAUUGUAAACCGCAAUCAUGAAGUAAAUAAUUUGGAUAUAUACAAUAUUGUGUGGGGUAAUAAAAUGACGAUGCAUGAAUCUUGUCU